AUGGAUCAGUUUUUCUAUCGUUGUUUACGGGGAAAAUCGCAUCAGAUGUUGGGAAAUUAUAUCACCAAUGGACCAUUUGAAUUUUUUCUAUGUGUUGGCGAAUUUUUUGGAGUUGAUGAAAAAAUUAAUAGCAAAGUGAUGAAUGGCGAUAUCGAAUUCCCAAUCACCACUUACAUAUUAGUUUUAGGUCCAUGUUCUCCUUCAACUUCAACUUGUUAUCCGGAAGGUCGUACUGAAUUCUCACCAAAUUUGAUUUAUCUUGGUAAGCGUGGUAUAUUAAAUACAAUUUCUGGAUUGCAAAUCGGUUAUUUAAGCGGUAUUGAAAGUGAAAAAGCAAGUGAUUUUGAGUUUGAUAAAAAUAGUGUUGAUGAGUUAUUAGCUCCUGUCAAGGUCGGUUCAUUUACGGGAAUCGAUAUACUUCUUACGUCAAUGUGGCCAGCACAGGUUGCUAAGUAUUCCCCCAAUCAGCCUUCGGUAGAAAUCAGUGGUAGUCCUUUAAUAUCAAGGCUAGCCUCUGGAUUAAAGCCGCGCUAUCAUUUUGCAGGAAUGGGAGCGCAUUAUGAGAGAACUCCUUACAGGAAUCAUCGUGUGCUAAUGGAAUUGGCUCAGCAUGUUACUCGUUUUAUUGGUUUGGCACCAGUGAAUAAUCCUGAAAAACAUAAAUGGCUCUAUGCUUUUUCGAUUACUCCAAUGCGAAAUAUGUCUCGGGUUAACUUGGCUGCUCAACCAAGCAAUACUUCUGAAUUUCCGUAUAUGGAACUUAUCUCUCAAAUGGCAAUUCACGAUCAAAUAAUAAACAAACAAAAGAGGCACCAACAUCAAUAUUUUUUUGAUAUGUCCGAUCAGCAGCAUGAAGUUUCACCUUACAAAAAGCGUCGGAAGAAAAACGGUAGGCUUCAGGAUAUUGAACAGUUCGAUCCUCAGUCAUGUUGGUUCUGCUUGUCAAAUCCUAGUUUUCAGAAGCAUUUGGUGGUUUCGGUAUCAACACAUUCUUAUAUAGCCAUGCCGAAAGAUCAUAUUCAAUCAAUUGUGGCAUCUUCUAACGAAUUACGUGAGGAUAUACAAAAGUUUAAGGAUAGUCUGACUUUGAUGUUCAAUAAAAAAAAUAUGGUUCCUGUAUUUUUUGAGCGCAACUUCAAAACACAACAUUUACAAAUAAAUGUUGUGCCAGUGCCCAAAAGUUGUUCGAAAGCCCUUCGGAUCUCAUUUAUCAAUUCAUCAAAUUUGAAAAAUCUGAAUAUGGUUUUUUUGAAGAAGGAUCAGCAGAUAUGGGAUAUGGUUAACGAAGGGUGUCCUUAUUUCUAUUUGGAACUGCCCGAUGGUACCAGGAUGUUCUCUCUAAAAAUGCAAAAUUUUUCUCUACAAUAUGCGAGAGAGGUAUUAGCAGAAAGACAGCUCUUGAACUGUGAAGAGAAAGUUAACUGGCGUUCUUGUGAACUGAAUAAACGACAAGAAGAAGAACUGGUUGCAGAUUUAAAGAAAUCAUUCAAACCAUACGACUUUACGGAUGACGAUGACGGCAACUAA